UAGAGGCUGCUUCACGCUGUCUCAUUCAGUUCCUUUGUGGUCCUCUUCAGCACAUGCCAGAACAGUUCCUCACAACUUGUGGGACCAGCAAGCACAUCUUGAGUGUGUGACCAUGGAAGAGUUGGAUGCCUUAUUGGAGGAACUGGAACGCUCCACACUCCAGGACAGAGAUGAAUCCUCUAACCUAGCUUCUCUUUCCCUGGAUCAACGUUCCAGAAAGGAGAAUGACCUUGCUGCGACUUCAGGGGUCCUUUCUGCUCAGAAUGAUACAAGUCCCUUGCCGGUGCAGCUCGUGUAUACUACCCGUAUCCAGAAGCCCAAUAUCUACAGUGAGGUCCAAGAGCCACAGACAGCACCCCAACCUCCUAAAACCUCAGCAGCUGCCCAGCUGGACGAGCUCAUGGCCCACCUGUGUGACGUGCAGACCCAGGUUGCAGCGAAAGCAGAUGCCAGCAAGAAGCACUUAGCAAACAAGCAGGAUCAGAAGGCAUCCCUGGACUCAAUGCUGGGGGGGUUGGAGCAGGACCUGCAGGACCUUGGAAUUGCCACUGUGCCCAAGGGCCACUGUGCUUCCUGUCGGAAACCAAUUGUUGGAAAGGCGAUCCACGCUCUAGGGCAAGCGUGGCACCCGGAGCACUUUGUGUGCACUCACUGCAAAGGGGAGAUCGGCUCCAGCCCCUUCUUCGAGCGCAGCGGCUUGGCCUACUGCCCCAAGGACUAUCACCACCUCUUCUCCCCGCGCUGCGCUUACUGCGCGGCCCCUAUCCUGGACAAAGUGCUGACCGCGAUGAACCAGACCUGGCAUCCGGAGCACUUCUUCUGCUCUCACUGCGGAGAGGUGUUCGGUGCAGAAGGCUUUCACGAGAAGGACAAGAAGCCGUACUGCCGGAAGGAUUUCUUAGCCAUGUUCUCUCCCAAGUGUGGUGGCUGCAACCGCCCGGUGUUGGAAAACUACCUUUCGGCCAUGGACACCGUCUGGCACCCGGAAUGCUUUGUUUGUGGGGACUGCUUCAGCAGUUUUUCUACUGGUUCCUUCUUUGAACUGGACGGACGUCCCUUCUGUGAGCUGCAUUACCACCAGCGCCGAGGAACUCUGUGCCACGGGUGUGGGCAACCCAUCACCGGCCGCUGCAUCAGUGCCAUGGGCCACAAGUUCCAUCCCGAGCACUUUGUCUGUGCUUUCUGCCUGACACAGUUGUCAAAGGGCGUCUUCAGGGAGCAGGAUGACAAGACCUACUGUCAAUCCUGCUUCCACAAACUCUUCCCCCAGUAAUCUCAGCUGACCCCACGGCCCCCGCAGAUGCCCUGUAAAAUUUAAACCGGGACAGCAAAGAGUCCUUUGUUGUUACUGCUCUUCUCAGGGGGCGUGGAAAGUUAAAAGGUAAUUAACUUCUAGGUGUUACAUGGCUAGGCUUGCAGUCUUAGGUCUUAGAUUUCUAGAGUUUUUGUUUUUUGUUUUUUUGUUUUAAUCAGGUACUUGGACUUAGAUCUGGGUCCUACUGUUAGUGCCUCUGCAGAUGCGUCUUCCACAUGCACACAUUUAUUUCACCACUCAUUUUCUCAGGUUCCUCCAUUUUUACCCAUUUUCAGACCCUGGGACGGCCCUGCCCAUGUCUUCUCUCCCCUGGCCCUGGUAACUGGGCCCUUCCAUGCUUCCCACGUUUGCCCCCAGAACUCACUUUCCCAGGACCCCAGCAUUAUCCGUGCUGUCAGAAAUCCUGGGCCCCCUCCCAAGUUCUCUGCAUCUCUCUUCAGUAUGUCGCUCUUUUUCAGGAGGAUGUAGGUUUUAACUGGACCGCUUUGAGUACCGGCAUCAGUGAUCAGUGAAACAACUUUCGGUUUUAAUGCCUUGCUGUCCUGUUUAGAGAUAAACUUCCACUUCCUGGGUUAUAUGCUAGGCGCUAUGUGCAAUUAAAUUCACAUCAUAUCUCUUGUUUACUUACAUACAGUAGGCACUUUGUUUUAAUCAAAAGAAAUCAAAAGGAAGGACUCCUGUUCACUAAGUUUUCUCUUAAUCCGGGCCCUGAACAUUCAUUUUGUUUUAGUUUUUUCACUGAGAUGAUUGAAUCAUCUUAAAAGAUGGCAAAACUCCUUAAAAUUGUUUUCAUCACUUUGUUUACCUAACGUGAGAAACCGGAUCUCUACUAGACACUUGAAAAUUCAUAUUUGCCUGUGUAUGCAUUGCUACAAACUCAUAAAAUUGUAUGUAUUAAAUAAGUCCAUUUUUAUAUGAAUUAUAGCUCAAUAAAGCUGUUUUAUAAAAAUGAAA